ACCAUGGCGUUCAAAGGAGUCUGUCUGUUCUUGUGCGUCUUCUGCUUUGUUCAAAUCACUUUUCAGCAAAAUGGCAAAAAACAAAGGCAGUCCAGUAAAGCAGAAGUAGUUAGCAUGAAAAUGUUUGAAGAGCUGAAGAAGGAGAUUCAGAACAUUCGAGAAGAGCUGGAUCUUCUGAAAGAGCAACAGUCAUUGCAGACACUUUGUUUAAAGGGUAUGAAGACACAUAACAAAUGUUUGCUGUCAUUUUCCGAACCAAAGAUGUACCACCAGGCUAGCGAUGUAUGUAUUGCACAAGGGGGAACUCUAAGCACCCCAGACAAUGGAGACGAAAACGAUGAUUUGUAUGACUACGUCCGCAAAAGUAUAGGUCCCAAUGCAGAGAUCUGGAUUGGCAUCAAUGAUAUGGCAACAGAGGGCAACUGGGUGGAUAUGACCGGAACCCGUAUCACCUUUAAACAUUGGGAGACUGAAAUCACCAAACAACCUGAUGGUGGGAAGCAAGAGAACUGUGCGUCUUUGUCAACUAUUGCUAUUGGCAAGUGGUCAGACAAAAACUGCAAAGUGGAAUUGCCUUUUGUUUGUCAGUUUACAAUUGUUUAGCUGCUUUGCAAAUUGUUUAUCUUUAUUGUGAUCAAGGGAAGUUAUGCCCUAAAAAGUAAGAGUUGUUAUUACAUACUAAAAAUAUCAACUGGUAGAAAGUUAUUGCCAGUGAAACACACAAAUAAUAAGAGAUACUCUAAAACACCUUUGUGAGUUACCCUUUACCCUCACAUAAAACAGAAAUUACAUACAGUAUACUGCGGAGUAUCUUCUUAUCAAAUCAAAUGGUAAUGGUACAUUUUCCCAGAGAUAAAGCAAAAUAAAACACAUAAUAGUGCAAUAUUGUCUGUGAAAUGUUUGAUAAUGUAGAAAAUGGGUGAAAUAUCACUCACAAAGAGGGAGCCUUGAAAAUAAGGUUCCAUGAUCCAGCUUUAUCUCUAGGAAAAUUUACCAUUACCAUUUGAUUUGAUAAGAAGAUACUCCGCCUUAUACUGUAUGUAAAAAUAUCAACUAACUUAUCCAGGAUGCUUCCUACUGCAGGAUGAUGAAUAUAUAGAAUGUUUCCUUGAAUGUCUGCAGAGUUGUUAAGAUACUUACUUCCAGUUUAACAAUAAAUAAAUAACUGAUAUGGAAAAGAAAUGGCUUAAAGUUCAUAUCAUAUAUUCCGUGUCUUUCACCUGAUAGGUCUACUACACUUCCAAGCUAAAAUAGAAAAUUUAAUUAGAAACAAGAAAAAAUACUGGUUUUGUAAAUGCAAGAAGUAAAUUUUUUAAAGAAAUUAUGGAUCCUGUAGGUGCCACAGAUGAUUCAAAGGACUUUGUGAUGGCUAUGGGUGAUAUGUUAUUCCACGAAUGUGCUGUGGUAUGACAGUGCUGCAGUAUAACAUAGAAGCAACAUAAAUCAAUUCAUAAAAAUAAUCUAAUGCACAAAUUUCUAACUAAAAUAAAGUAUAUGCGUACUUUAUGGUUUUUUUUUUUUUUUAACAUUGGUCCUCUUGCUCUGGUCAAUGACAGAAGAGAUGAAAGUUGUAGGUAAUUGUAAAAUAAAAAUAGGAGCCAGCAGGCUGUGCAGACAGUAACCCUCCAAGAAAACAGUAAUAAAUACCGUUGUAAUAUCACCCUGCAUUUUAAAAGCAUGUUUGAUCGGUAGGUUGUAAUUUUCUCAAUCCGUUAUUUGACCACUCUAACCACCAUAACUACUAAAACCCACUGGGGUGGUUAUGGUGCCAAGGACACCCAUACGCCGUACCAAAAUAGUAGUCAAGUAGAAAAAGAGAACAGUUUGACACCUUACCAGGUUCCUUCAGUCUGUGUGUCGCCCCCUCCACUGUUGCUGGAAGCCACUGAAAAGAGCUUCCAUUAGUUCUGCUAAGUCAUGCCGUGCAGGGUCAGCUUAUUGGUUGAGAGCGUCAGCGGAGAGCUCUCAGCCAAUGAGCACAGCCUUGUAAAGCCAGGCUUACCUCAGUGGCACCAGUGGAGGCAGAGGUAGGUGAGUAGCAGGAACGAGGUAAGUUGUCAAACUCUGGGAAGGUACCUGGGUACUCCUGGCACCAUAACCAGUAGUGGUUAUGGUAGUGGUUAUUGUGCUCGGAUUGUUCCUUUAAUUUUUAGGGUAUCAUUUCUCUUGACAAACAUACAGGAUAUGCUCUCUUACCCAAUAUGAAAAUAAUACAUAAAGCUUAUUACAAUUACCAAAGCAGAUUUUAGAUCCUUCUGUGGCAAGAUAUAAGAUUGAGCAGUGAGAAUGCAGGGACCUAAUCUACACACCAAAACUGCUUCAUUAAGCUAAAGUUGUAUAGGUGACUUUAGUUUCCCUUGAAGUGCAGACAGCUAGUGGCCUGCUUUUAUACAUAUUUUGCUACACUCUAUAUUGUAUAAAACAUUUCAAUAAUAAAGUAUUUGAAAUAUACCAUUCUAUAGUAUGUCCUAUUUAAACAAUAAACUAUGUUAUCAUGUAUUCUGAGGUAUUGCAUGUUUUGUUAGAGUCUUAAUUCUGAAAAACUUGCAUGUGCCUGUUUUGAAGUCUUACAUUUUACGCCAUUGCCCAUUAUAAUAAACAGCCCUGGCCAUUA